AUGGCCAAGCUACAGCAGAAGCACGCGUCUGCUGUAGCGGCAGAGGCGCAGGCGCAGAGCGAGACCACCGUGGUGCAGCAGGGCCCGGUGCCGCCGCUGGACGAUCCGGUCGAGUUCAUACUUGACCGAGUCGACUCUAUCGAGCGAUGGCGAUCAACAGUCGCACGUCUGAACCUGGCGCAGCUGGGCGUUUCGCUGGUGCGCGGUGUACUGCGACGCGGUCGCUGGUCGACGCCGCCGAUGCACGUUUUCGAUGCCGCAGAGAAAGCAGCUCCGGCAACGGAUGCGGCAGAGGCCGAGGAGUCCGUCCAGCCGUUUUACCCAUCGCAGCCGGUGCCACCGUGGCUGUAUCCCCGCACGUCGUUCGAGACCGGGCAGGCGGCUACGCAGGUGGCCGAACAAGAUGAAGCUGCACAGACGCUCGCGAGGGACGUUGCCUCUCCAGUGCCCGGGCAGGCAGCACAUCACCCGCCCGAUCACCACCCUCGUGCACAUCCCUCCAUGCAGCCCAGCGUUGCUCGGCGCGCGCUCGUGCAGACGGCCAGCCGCGCCUCUGUGCCGCUUUACAUGGGUAUGCUGAUGGCAUUCAUUGGACACGGUGUGGCGUCCAUGUACAGCGCAGACACAGACACAGGCCCGCUCGGUGCGAGUGGCGCAGCGGCAGGGCAAUCCGUCCAGACACCGGCGCCCGCGUCUAGUGCCGUCGCCGGGGGCUUGCCCACGUCUAGCCGCCAUCUGCACUUCACCACCGAGAUGAACAGCGCACUCCACGAGGUGCACCGUGCAGCGGCUGAGGUGAUGUGCAUGGUCGAUCACGGGUCAAAGGAGAUGCAUGCGCUCGCGACCGCCGCGCUCUGGUCGGCCGGCAAAGCAAGAGCGUAUCGGACGGAUGAGUAUGAGCGGGUGCAGGACAUGCGCCACGCGCAGCUCGGGCGAUCAUGUCGUCACCUUAGCCGCAUCGUGGCAAAUCUCUACUCUCUUGUGUCCCUCCUGGACUUCUUUGCCGUGGAAAGUGCGUCCUUGCCGACGCCGACGCCAAGAACCUCGGCAGCCAGUGGCGCAGGCCACUCGAACAUGAACAGCGCCAACGCCGGCUUCCUAUCGACAUCUUCGGCUUCGGAGGUCGCGGCGGUGGCGAUGGAGGAGCAGGGCGCUCAGACGACCACUGUGGCCCCGUACGCAGACAGCAGCACUCCCAGUGCCACACUGACGUCCUCCGCCAUGAAGAAACCUGUCGCCAACGCGGCGGCCCCCGCGCACCCCUAUACGACGGAGCGCUUCCAUAAGCUAUUUGAUGCAUCCGGCCACUUGCCGCAGAGCGUGUGGAGGGUGUUCUCCGCCGUCGCCACCACAUUGAGCCAGUUUGCAGUCUCCUGGUCCCUCACAACGGGUGAUGCGCAGAGUCGGCAAGCAUUCAACAGUGCAGCGUGCGUGAUACUCGGCGAGGAUCAGCGCUGCCUGCUGCUGCAGCUGCAUCGGCUGUGUGCGCGCUUUAUCGUGCUGCGCCACAGAGUGUACACGCUGCACCCCGUCAACUCUCUGCACUUCAAGGUGAAGCAGAUGCUGGAGUGGGGCGGCUUCCUCAACGCCGAUGUGCCGGAUGCGUGGUCGUACAACAAUGGCGACAUUGACCGAUGCGACUUACACUCUGAUCGACUGCACAGCACCUAUGCGCGUGGCCUUCAGUGGAGCGUCAACUCGAGCAACAAGACGGCGCUUCAAGCGGUGGUUGCAAGCCCGUACGCUAUCGCGGCGCGCGACUCAGCGCUGCGUCGGAUGAAGGAGUCGAGCGCGUUUUCUCCAGGCGGCAGUGCCGUCGGUGGCGGGGGGGCCGUCAGCACUGCAAUCGAUAGAGGUGCAUCGGCCCCGCUCUCUCUGAUCGCCUCACUUGCCUCUGCCGGGGUGAACGGCGGCGCCAACGCCGCCUUCGCCGGGCUUCUGGCAGCGCCGUUGUCAUCGGCAUCUGCGGCGCCGACGCAGAGUUCCAGCGUGGCCGCACUAUCCCAGCUCUCCGGCGUGCCGGGCUACGUGGGGCUGCGGAACAAUGGCAACAUGUGCUUCCUCAACAGCGUUGUACAGCUUCUCGGCAGCGCUACGCUGUUCCGCGACGAUCUCAUGGCACGUUUGCAGGACGCCGUCUUCUGCGACUCGGCACACGCCGAUCACCGGGCUCCUGCAGCCGAUGCCACUGCGAUGGCGGCUCUUUUUGCCAAGUAUGGAUGUCGCCUCGUCAUGGCGCUUCUUCUCGGUGAGAUGCAGUGGCGUGGGUCGCACCAACACAGUCGCCUCCCGGUGUUGCCGGACUACCUCACCCCACACCUGCCGCCGCCGUUCGAUGACCAUCGACAGCACGACGCCUCGGAGUUCUGGCACGCACUGAUGGACAAACUGGACGCGCCGAACCAGCCCGGGGGGGCGGUGGUGGCGCGAUGGUUUAGCGGGCGAACGGCGACAACGAUGAAGUGCGUCACCUGCCGGCACACGCGUCUGCACACCGACACCUUCUGGGAUCUCUCGAUCCCACUCCGCGCUACCUCGGCCCCCUCCGUGGCAGCGUCCGUGGGGGGCGGCGCGCCGACGCCACCUGGGGCACCGGUGGCCGCGGCUGACCGGCUGGUGAGCCAGGUAGAGGUGCAGCACUUUGCCCGCGCCACCGCCGUGACCACCACCUACGCGAGCUCGCCAGCAUCCGGCUUUCCAGCCAACACGUCGACCACGGCAGAUGCGACUGCGGAGCUGGAAGCGGCGGAGCGCGCAGAAGAGGAGGCAGCAGAGAGCGUCAGCAACAAAACAGCGCUGACCCUGCGCCCCAUCGUGCCCAGCAGUGUAGCCGAGCCGUACUCCACCACACCGCUGCCGUCCUCGACGGUGGCGGCCGACGAGGCGCCCAAGACGCUGCAGCACCUGCUGCUCCAUGUGCUGCACCCGACUCUCAACAAAGAGCUCUUGCAUGGCAGCAACGCCCUCGACUGCGAGCACUGCGGCCGACGUACCGACACAGAGCUCACGACACGCCUUGUCGCCAAGGUCGAAGGGGAGGCUGAGGUAGGGGUCGAUACGGCAGCAGCAGGCGCGCCGGUAGAAUGUUUCGGCGCCGUGCAGGAAGCGCGCGUCUCUUCUGGCGGCGGCGCCGCUUCGGCCGCGUGGGAAAGUCUCCUUGAAGGCGAGCCUCCCACACCGUGCGCAGCGGAUAAACGAGCGUCGCCACAUGGAGAGUCGAUGUGCGUGGAGCAGGGCUUGGCGCUGUCGCACUCUCUCACCGACACGGCGGCCGGAGGUGGUCUCCCAUACUAUCUCGCUGUUCAGCUGAACCGCUUCGCGUACCGGCGCGUCACGCAGUCGUACGAAAAAGUCACCGAUGGCGUGCCCCUCAAUGAAGUCAUCGUCGUCCCGGUGUACCCCGAGAUCACAGAGCCGAAAGACGGAGCAGCAUCCCCGGUCGACUCGCAAGAGUUCAACGCACAGACCGCGAUGUCCAACGAGGAGGAUGGCGCCGCCAACACGCGGCGUGAAGACGACGGACGCCACGGAGCCCCCUCCACUCGAACUCCGACGGCACCGCGCUCGGCGGCAGCAGCGCUUCCGGUGUGGGUCGCGUACCGCCUGCAGUCAAUCAUCAUCCACAGCGGCUCCACACCUAGCAGCGGCCACUACUUCGCCCUCACGCGGCGCCUCGCAGCAGUGCCGGCGCACGUGAACGUCAAUGAAAGCAGCCACGACGAAGAUGGCGAGCACAAUGUCAGUGCUGCUGCCGACAUGCCAUCCAUGCGCGCGUACGUGAAGGGUCAGGGGGCUGCCCUAACGGCUUGCCUGGGAACCGAGCGUCACUUCUCCUACGCGGAAAUUGUGCAGCCGACGGCGUGUGCUGACGUGGAGGGCGCAGGGCCACAGUCGCAGGGAAGGCCCGCUGUCGCUUCCCUGUCGAGAAGCACAGCGGGGACGGUGCAGUCGCCAGCGCCUUCUCCACCGCCAGUUCUGCCAGCCGCCGCUGUGUCCGUGAGCGGCGACCGCCUGUACAAGAACUGGGUGAUGCUGAACGACACCAACGUGCAGACCGUUGAGCCAGACACAAUGCGCCACCUCCUGCACGGGCGUGGCGGCGGUGUCUACUCUGUCUCGGAGACGCCGUACAUUAUCCUGUACGAGAAGUUGCCUGUGGCCUCCGAAGGGGCGACGGAGCGCGACUUUCUGCUGGAGGAUGAGGAGGCGAAGGGUAGGCGCGUGGCGGAUGCUGCGCUGUCGGCAGCGGCAAAGCUGCAGCGCGUGUGGGAGACCAACGAUGCCUCCGUAGGCGCCUCCGGCGUCACCUCCGUCGGUGGUACGAGCACCAAGCCGGUUCACUUUGCCCGAGAAGUGCUGCAGAUCUUUAGCGCGCGGCUGAAGGAUGAGGUCGCGCACGACGCCGCUCUUAGCGAGGCGCCGCGAACUACAGAUGGGCAUGGCGUCACCUCCAUUACAAGCAGCGCAGCACGCUCACGACCUACGCCGGUGGGGACGGUGCCACAUCAGGGGCCGUCUGCCACGGCUUGGAGAGCCACUGUCAACCGGUCAUCGUGGUCUCGCGCGACCGGUGUUGGCGACGCAGCUCGUGCAGCGGCCGUCAAGGCCUCUCUCACUGAUGCGAGCAAGGACACACCAGCAUGCUUUACCGGCAGCGGCAGCCUUGGUCGUCCUUCGGUGUCGCACCGGCCGCGUCGGCUAAUGUCCACGGCCAAGUACGCCAAAGUCCCCCGCAGCAAGUGCUACAGCGGCAAUCUCAACCGUCACAGCGCACAGGAGCACCGCCAUCGUGGCGGCACGGCCGCACGCAGCUCAAGUGGCAGCGACGCAGGCUCAGACGCCGAUGACGAACAGGACGAGCCUCCCAGCUAG